ACAGAUAUAAUUCAUAUACUCUAUAGUCUAUACCAUAUAACUUUAUUUUAUUUUUUAAAAUUUUAAUUUUAAUUUUUUUUGUGGUUGGCUCCUUCUUCCUUUAUAUACCUCACAUACCUCUACCCUCAUUUCGUUCCAUAUCAACCCAAAAGAAAAUCCUACUCCUCACUCUCUCUUCUUACUUCCAAACCCCUUCAAAAAAAAAACACCCAUAAAUAAAUAAAAAAAACCUACCUAGUACAUUUUAUAUUUUUUAAAAAAUGGAAAUAGAACCAAGCAAUAAAAAAAUCAUUGGUAAAAAAUUAUGGAGCAUUCUUCGAAUAGUGUUGAUGAUGGUAAAGAAAGGCAUUUCAAAGAGCAAAUUAAUCUUAGACCUUAAUUUGCUCUUUAAGAGAGGUAAUGAAUUAGCUGGUAAGGCCAUUAAUGGUCUUAUAAUCCACCACAAUUCCCUUAUUUGUAAGCCUAACAACCCUAACUACCACUUUACUUCUCCUAAUAAGGGUUAUGAGUUUAGUUGUAGCAACACACCCGAGUCGGGCCCAUUUCAACUCAUGAUGAUGGCUAACCAAAAGAGGUCUAAGUCCAAGCAUGACCACCGCCGCCACAACUACCAACUCGAGGACCCUGCAACCAUGGCGGCUGUCCAAAGGGUCCUCGAGAUGCUUAAUACCCAUGAGGGGCCUACAGCAUCCCCCUUGGGAAUGGGGAUGGGGAUGGGGAUGGGAAUUGGCGGGCAGGGACAGAAUGUUGCCCUGCCCGGGUUUGGAUAUGAGAAAAGUCCGUUGGUCAGACAAUUAAGAGUAACGGAUUCUCCUUUCCCGUUGAAAGACGGGAAAGGGAAUAAGGAAGAGGAGGAGGAGGAUGUUAAGGUUAAUAAGGCCGCGGACGAGUUUAUUAAAAAGUUUUAUAAGAAUUUGAUGAUGCAAAAAACUUUGGAAUCCCCUUGUCACGUAUAUGCUCGUUGAUUGAUGAUGUACUAUCAAUUAAGGGAUGAUUUCAUAAAGGGUGUACCAUAUGAUUAUAUUGGAUUUAUUUUUAGAAAGGAUACUACAAGGUAUAUUAUAUAUCCUCAAAUUAGAUCCAUAAAGAUGAUCCAAUAUAUGUUGUUGCAAUAUUUGAUGGUAUAUUAAUUUGAGGUAGGUGUUUUGAAAUUGUAUUUUUGUAUUUUUUUUUAUUAAAGAAAUUAAAGUGGUUGGUUGCUAUUCUUGUUAAGAAGUAUAGAGGGACCAAGAAAUUGACAAUUUGACAUGUACUUUUAUUUUUGGCCUUAGCUGUUUAUUUGUUUUUUUAGGGGGUGGAUGAGUGAAUUAAAUACCAAAAUUACCAACCAUUUUAUUUUA